AUGCACCCAAUAUCCUUCCUCUCCUUCUUCUCCGUCUUCCUAUCCCUCUCCCUUGCAGCACCAAACACCCUAAACAUCACAGUCAUCAACGCCCAAAACAACCACUCCACCCUCGAAUGCUGGGCCAUUGAACCAGGCUUCCAGACCUCCUCGACAGCCGGCACGUCGGGUACCCAGGCACUGAAUCUGGGCCCUAUCGGGGGACCGGGUACUAAUGCGUCGUAUACGGUUCUCCCGCCGGGUUUUGAUGGGGGCAGACAUAAUGCUCCUGCGAGGCAAUGGGUUAUCUUCCUCACCGGCCUAGCUCACAUAACCCUCCCCAACUCGACGGCCGAAGCCUGGGUUCCCGGCGGCAAGUACGGGGUUAUCCUCGCACUUGAUACGGCGGGCGUUAGUAUCCUGGGCCAUGUUACUAGGUAUCCCUCGACGGGGGAGACGGUUGCGGUGCAGGUUCCGUUGGGCGAGGGGGGUGUGCCGGGGCAUGUGGUUUUGUAUGAGGGGGGUUGUGUUGGGGAGGAGGUUUCUGGGUGA